AUGAUAGAAGGAGAAAAAUCAAAAGAAGGCAAAUCUGAAGAAGGGAACCAACCCCACUCCUUGGAUAAGUCAUCCGAUGAAAAAAGUGUUGACCUUAAAUCGGUAGAAGGUAGAAAAUCCGGAGAAGGUUCAGUGGCUUCAGCGGAAUUAGCCCCUAAGCUUGAAUCAAAAUCUGGAGAAAGAAAAUUGAGUUCAAGAGAGAAGAAGCAGAGCUUCGAAGAGGGUGUAAGCAAAGAAGGGGACGUUAAAAAAGCUACAAAAAUAGAUGAAAGAGAAGAAAAGCAGAGACGUAGAAAGAAAUCAAGUUCUAUUUGGAAAAUGUUAAUAUUAAUUCUCAUUAAUAUAUUAAACUACUUGGAUAGAAUGACAGUGGCAGGACUUUUAACUGCCAUUCAAGCAUUUUAUGACGUAAACGAUACGCAGGGCGGUUUGCUUUGGUCUGUAUAUAUGAUAUCUGCCACAGUAAUCGCACCAGUCUGGGGAUUUUUUGGAGACAGAUACAAUAGAAAAUACUUGAUGACAGCCGGCUUGGUCCUCUGGACAUGCACAGUCUUGCUUUCCACCUUUGUCCCUAAAGAUGUUGGUGUUUUCUACCUUUCUUCUUACACAGAUGUAUAA